AGCGGCUACAGCAACAACACCAAACGAGGAAGAGAGACGCUUCUGAGACUUCUUUGAACACUUCAUAGAGAUGGCAACAGUGGUAACAACGACUCCAGAAGCGGCACCAGUGGGAGCCGCGCUAUCAACAACGUCUGGGUUGCUUGCCGCCACGGAAGGGUACAAGCAUGCCAUCAACGAAUACAGCGCCUACGAAGCUGGUGUGUUGUUGAACAACAGAUAUCUCAAGCUCGCAAACAUCCAGGCUGGCUCAUAUGGGCAGGUUUCGUUGGCUCGUGACGUUCAAAAGGAGCGUGACGUUGCCGUCAAAGCGAUGGACAAGUCCGUAAAGGGGGUUUCCAUUAUGGCUCGCCAUGAGAUCUCUGUGAUUAGAAGGGUUGGGUAUCACCAGAACAUCUGUCAGCUGCUAGACUUCUUUGAGACCAAGUCUCACUACUUCUUGGUGUUUGAGUACUGCGAGCACGGCGAUUUGUACGACUUUUUGAAAUCACAAGCAAGCAAGGAUUCCAAAAAGUUGCACGGGUUCCAAUCGCAUUCCUCUCCGAUCCUGUUCAAACAGUUUGUCAAGGAGUUGUGUGCGGCUGUCGAGCACUCACACAGACGUGGUGUUUAUCAUCGGGACAUCAAACCUGAAAACAUCCUCAUUGCGUCGAACGGGUCCAUAAAGCUCACUGAUUGGGGGUUGGCAACUCUUAGCUGCCAGGCUGCAGACCCAUGUAUCGGCACAGAAAAGUACAUGGCACCGGAGACUUUCUUCAAGAAGAGCUCAAAGCCUCUUGUUACCUAUGACUCUGCAAAGGCAGACUACUGGUCAUUGGGUAUCACUCUUCUGUACACGUUGUUUGGAAGAUGUCCUUUCAAGUUGGCGAACGUGUCUGCAGACACAAACUUCAAGAAAUUUGUGGACUCUUCCUAUCACCUGUUCAACAUGUAUCCAAACCUAUCCAAACAUGGGUUCCAUGCGAUCAUGCAAUUGUUACAACUGAACCCAAUUCAUAGAUCUAUGGAUAAAUGUCUUGAAGUCUUGAACGAAUCUUAUGGUUCCGGAUUAACAUUGGAACAGGAGAUGGACCAAUAUGUCAACUACAACGGUUCCGAAUUGUUUGAAGAUGACUCAAACAAUAUGAUGUUUGGAUUGGAUGAUGAGUUGGAGCCUUUGGAGUCGCAACACGACGUUGAUGAAGAGACUACAGAAGAGUACAAUACCCUAAACGACGGUGCCCAACAGUCAACAACAUCGAAUGAAGAUCUAGAGGUUGAAUUGUCUGGAACAAUGCCACCUCCAUCUUUGACUUGUUCGCUGUUUGGUACCUCAUCGUCAUACCCAAUGGGCGGAACUUCGUGGGCUGAAAUGCACGAUGAGUUGGAUGAUCAUUUCAGCUUUCAAAUCCAACGUAUUGGUUCUCUCCUGGAGAAGCAAACUAGACAUUGAACACACACACAGACACACAAAGUUGCAUUCGUUGCCAAUUGAUACACCUUAGAGGAUGAUACACAGCAACGUUUAUACACACAGCAUGGUGGUAACCUUGAAGGUUUUACCACACAAUCAUCAUUUCAUAGAUAAAUCUACAUUUUGAUUUCUCGUAUUUU